AACCGAUUGUUUUGUUUUGUUCAAAUCUCUUUAUUUUCAUCUCUUGUGGAUUUUAUUUAUUUACUUUUUAUUUUUGUGGUCUUAUUUUCUAAAUCCUUUUUUUAUACGCUAUUAAUCAUGGGUGACAUUGAUGAUGAUAUGGAAAUCGAGUCGAACAAUGAACAACCAAGUAGCUCUACAUCAUCAGGCGGUGGAAAAAAACGAUUCGAGGUGAAAAAAUGGUCUGCUGUUGCUCUAUGGGCUUGGGAUAUUGUGGUGGAUAAUUGUGCUAUUUGUCGUAAUCAUAUCAUGGAUUUGUGUAUAGAAUGUCAGGCUAAUCAAGCCUCAGCCACCUCACAAGAAUGUACAGUUGCCUGGGGCGUUUGUAACCAUGCUUUCCAUUUCCAUUGUAUAUCACGAUGGCUGAAAACGCGACAAGUUUGCCCAUUGGACAAUCGUGAAUGGGAAUUCCAAAAAUAUGGACAUUAAAUCCUAAACACUCAACUUAUCGAUUGAUCUAACUCACGUUUUUUUCUCAAUAUUUGUUUUUAUCAUGUUAAUUGAAGACAAAAAGUUAAAUCUUCGUAGGUCAAUCACCUUAUUUUCAUUUACAUGAAUAAAAAUACAAUUAAAUGAAUUGAUCUUCGAAAGUUAA